AAUUACAGGCUUUCCCUCCCUACUCCCGUAUCAACGUUGUAUGCAUGUGCAGCCGUGCGACAUUUCUUUCUGAUAAAACAGUAUAUUCAGCCAGGUACACAAGUAACGCAAGUAACAAUAACGCAAGUAACGCAAUAUCGAAGGUUAGAAACAUUGAGUCGACCUAGACGAAGAAGACCAGAAAUAUCAUGGAUUAUGUAAUUUGUGUAACUGUCACAUUGGUUUUAUCCACCAGUACAAGUGCCUCAGGUGAAAGAGCAGCCAUAAUAGAGAACAGCUGUCCAGUCAAGGCAAAUUCGGGUCAAGGGUCAUCGGAGCGGUUAGCUGACUGUCCUCCAAGCCCUCAUAUUGCAGAAAACAUUCAAGUCGAGAACACCGUAUUACCCGCUUUGACGCCUAGUUUAUUUUCAAACGUGCCGCCAACGAUUAACUUUGUAAGGCCUGAUCAACAAGUGGAGAAACUUCCCCAAACAAUACGAGAGCGUUUGAAGUAUUAUGCUAGCCCAUCUUCACCUGUUACAACGUACGCCUCUCUGUCUGGAUUCACCCCAACUCAAGAUGUGUACGAAUAUACAAUAUUUUACGGUCUACCCUAUCAAAUCAACAAUGCGAGGGACUAUCUGUCGGUCCUUCCGUACCAAAAGUUCAACCACAUCCCAGACAGUUGGGCCUUGGGUUGCAAGGAUCAACUUGGGCGUAAUCUUCAAAGGUUCAAAGCAAAAUACGGCGAGGACGAAUAUGGGUUCUUCCCAGAGACGUUUGUUUUACCAGAAGACGAGGAUGCUCUGAAAAGAGAAUGGGAUGCCAGUGGCAAAGACCGGACCUGGAUCCUGAAACCGCCAUGCACAUUUGGGGGAAAUGGGAUUACAGUAGUACAGGACUGGAAACAGGUUCCCAAAAAGGAACUCAUCGUUGUUCAAAAGUAUAUAUCCAAUCCACUCUUAGUCAACGGAUCCAAGAUAGAUUUAAGGGUGUACGUCGAGGUCACCAGUAUUAACCCUCUUCGAAUAUAUGUCAACCCGGAGGGCAUUGUAAGGAUAUCGGUUGAAAAGUACACUAUGAAAGAUCUUAAUAACAGGGCAAUACAUCUGACAAACGAAAACGUCAAUUCAAAGAACUCGGUAUACUACAUAGAUGAAAAAAUGGUAGNCAGGGUACUUUCAUCGUUAACGUGGUUUUGGGACUACUUAAAAGAGAACCAUGGAGUGGAACGCGAACCUAUUUGGGACAGAAUCAAAGACCUUGUCAUCAAAACUAUUCUGAGUGGGGAGGAUACAAUGCAAAGGAGUACCCAACACUUUAUUAGGAACCGGUACAGCGUGCAUGAAUUAUUUGCCUUUGAUAUUCUUCUCGAUGGAAACAUGAAACCGUGGGUUAUGGAAGUUAAUGUAUCACCCAGGUUCGAUAAGAAUAUAGUUGUUAAGUUGAUGGAUCCCUUGCUGACGUCUAUGUUAAACCUAGCUGGUAUUCAGAUCCCAACUGUAGACAUGGUACCAAAACUGAAACACAGCCCAGAGACAGUUCCCAAAGACCUUCUCAUGGACCGUAGACUGUGGACACAACAGCUGACUGAGGAAGAAAAGGAAAAACAUCAGACAUACACGACCAUCAAAGAUGAGAUGACCCUACCUACAAUACUGGAUACACUCACACCCGAUGAUAUCCGAAUGUUGAUUGAAACAAUGGACGAAAACAACCGAAGAGGACAAUUCGAAAGGAUAUUCCCAACACCAGAGACUAGGAUAUAUCACAAAUUCUUUGAGCGGCCAAGAUAUUACAAUAUCCUACUCGACCAGUGGAUUCAACGCUACGAUCAAAACGAAGAGGAGGGAAUACAAAUUUUAGAGUCGUACUGUCGGGAGGAAAAACAUCUUCAGCCUUAACGAUCCAAGUGACAAUAGUAUUGCCAUUAGCUCUAUCCCACAAUCAAUGUAUAUACAUUUAGGAUUAAAUCACUUUUACAGCUUCAUCAUGGUAACAGCAUCUCAAUGUUUCAAUGCGAAAUAGAAAUAACACUGCUG